AUGCGCACAUCUUUCUUGACUUGGUCGUUACUUUCGCUCUUCGCACUCCCGACUUUUGCCGCUCCCUCUGAUCAGAUUGUCGCGAACCCACGGCUCGUGAAAAGGACUGACCCGAGCGACUCGUCGACGUCCACCGUUUUCAAUGGAAUCGAGGUUCCGCCUAUGAAGGAGCUGACCCCCGAUAACUUUGAGGAAACAGUUAAGGAUGGCUAUUGGUUUAUCAAGCAGUACUCUCCGGCAUGCCCUCACUGUAAAGCGGUUGCGCCCACGUGGCAGACUUUAUACGAGUUCUACUACACCUCGAAUCCGCUCUCCGCAGCCUCCACGAAACAAUCCGAAACACGAUCUUUGAACUCGUUUGAGGGCUUUUACAACUUUCACUUUGCUGCAAUGAACUGUCUGGCGUAUGGCGAUCUGUGCAAGAAACUCGAGGUCGGUUACUUCCCGACUUUUUCAUUCUACCAUGACGGAAAGCAAGUCGAACAAUAUGAAGGAAAGAAAUCCAUGGAAGCUUUUAGCGAAUACAUUGAGGAGAAGCUGGAAGCUAUCCAACCCGGGUCACGUCCUGCAAAAGGUCUCAAACUACCAGCACCAGGUGAUAAGGGAGUUGAUACGAAGGCAGAGCCCGAAGCCGCUGCUUCUAAAGACAAGGACCCUGAGGCGGGUGUCAAGGCCGGUGAAAAGCACAAUGAGAAGGCUGCUCAGCAGGCUGCUCAGGAAGCUGCCGAAAACCCGGCCUCCGAACGAGACUCUACCCCGAAGCAGAAACCGAAGGCAAAGGCGCCGGUGAACCCUCAGGGAAUAUCCCUUCCUCUCACCGCGGAGAGCUUUCAGAAACUUGUCACUCCAUCCGACGAACCUUGGUUCAUCAAAUUCUACGCGCCCUGGUGUCACCACUGCCAGGCAUUAGCCCCUAACUGGGCGCAAAUGUCCAAGGAAAUGCAACACACCCUCAAUAUUGGCGAAGUGAACUGUGAAGUUGAACGCAGGCUCUGUAAAGAUGCCCACGUUACCGCGUUUCCCACCAUGUACUUCUUCCGCGGUACCGAAAAAGUGGAAUACGACGGUCUUCGGGGCCUUGGCGAUCUGGUUAGCUACGCCAAAAAGGCUGUUGCCAUCCGGAAUGGUAUCCAGGAUGUUGAUGCCGAGUCUUUCAAGGCCUUGGAAGAGACAGAAGAGGUGAUCUUUUUGUACUUCUAUGACCAUGCAACCGUUUCCGAGGAUUUUGAGGCUCUGGAACGGCUUACCCUUCCCCUGAUCGGACAUGCGAAAUUGGUUAAAACAGACAGCGCUGCACUUGCCGAAAGGUUUGGGAUCUCUACCUGGCCUCGCCUUCUUGUCUCGCGAAGUGGACGUGCGAACUACUACAAUCCCAUCGCUCCGAAGGAUAUGAGGGAUAUCCGACAAAUUCUCAACUGGAUGCAGACCGUUUGGCUUCCCAUUGUCCCCGAGCUCACGGCAUCCAAUGCCCGCGAGCUUAUGGCCGGCAAGUUUGUCGUGCUUGGUAUCCUGAGUCGCAGCCGUGCCAAUGAGUUUGUGGAAUCGAAGCGCGAGCUUAAGAACGCUGCUCUCGAGUGGAUGGAUAAGCAAGUGCAACUGUUCAAGUUGGAACGGCAAGAGCUCCGAGACGCUAAACAGCUUCGAAUCGAGGAGGCAGAGGAUCGCAAUGACCAGCGUGCUUUGCGCGCAGCAAAGAAUAUGCACGUCUCCAUUCGUGAGGACGACAAGAAGCAAGUGAGAUUCGCCUGGGUUGAUGGUGACUUUUGGGAGCGCUGGCUGAGGACUACUUACGGCAUCGAUGUGGGCAAGGGUGAGCGUGUUAUUAUCAACGACCAGGACAACCGGCGUUACUGGGAUACCGCUUCCAGUGGCGCUUCCAUCAUGGCUUCCCGAACCUCCAUUCUCGAAACCAUCCCUCUCGUCAUCGCCAACCCUCCCAAGAUAACACCCAAGUCUACAAUCGGUACCUUUGAGUCUAUCUUCUUUGUGUCUCACGCUUUCAUCACCGGUCACCCGAUUCUUUUCGUCAUCCUCCUUAUAAUCUCGAUUGCCGCUGUGACAUAUGUUGCCCGGGGGAGAGCGCUCAAGCGCGGAGUCCGUGGCGGAAUCCUCGGCAUUGCUGGCAAUGCUGGCGGCUUCCUCCAGCUCGACGGCAAGGAAGGGCUUCUCAACGGAGGCUCAACCGGCAAGGUGGACUGA